GCGGAUGAUCCACUGGAAUGGUGCUUUGCUUGGGCAGAGCGCCACUUGAAGGCUUUACCAGAUGAGAACCUUGAGCUCCUUCGCAAGAACCUCGCAGAUGGCAUAUUACUUCUGACGAGGUUUUCGGGGCUCGAUGCUCCGGGUGCAGCUGCGCGUGAGAUAGAGCGGGCUGUUGGCAUUCAUGGGCCCGAUGCAGGCUUUAUGAUGCACUCUGCGGCAGAGCGGGAUGCACGUGGCCUCAGGUGCCUGCGGGCCUUGGCAGAGCAGGCAGCGUGGCGGAAGCACGCGCCGUGCCACAUCUUCAAUGACUUGGAAAGCUUCGUUUCAAAAGAUGUGCUGGAGAAGAUGAAGAAAAUAGCAGCUUCCAAAGGUGAUUUCGAUGGUUCGGAUGAAAAGGAAGGUGCCGCCUUUCUGAUAGAGCUGAUGAAGCCGAUGUUCGAGGGUGGUGAGUCCGAGAAACCAAGUGUGGCCCCUUGCGAAGUGCAUGGCCAGGGCUGCAAUGUUGUGCCAGAGUUUGGUUCAAAGCUCGCUCUCGAGAUCACCGGCAGUCCUUGCGUGGACUGGUCGAAACGUGGCCGCCGCCGGCGUGCGGGUGGCCCGACGAUGAUAGUGUAUGCAGUGUGGCUGGGGUCGUUCAUCAAAAGUGGACUUCACGUACUGGUGCAUGAGAAUACCCCCGACUUCAAAGACUAUUGCCUCCUUGCUCCGCUUCACUACUGGUCGAGCCGCCAUUGGAAGAUGGAAGUCUUCCGGGUUUGUCCCAGCCAGCUAGGUAUACCCGGCCGGCGUGCAAGGCGGUUCUCGGUGCUCUGGAACCCGCUUCAUGUGACUUUUGCUGGGUCCUUCAAGGAGUUCGUGCAGCUAUUUGUAACCCCGACGGAGUACAGUGGCAAGAUUUUCUUUGUCUCUGGUGGAGACCUUGCUGUGACUGCAUCAAAAACCAAGCUGCAGUCCCGCCAAGUCUAUACCGACUUGUUCAAUGAGCGCUGCCGCGCCAACGUGGCAAAUGCCAAAGCAUCGAUCUGUGACUUGACGCAGCGCCCGCCAUUCGGGAAAUUAGAUGAGCUUCUGCCAACGCUUGUGACCAACCACGCGCCCUACUGUGUCGAGUGCAGGCGACUUUUGACACCUGACGAAUCCCUCAUGAGCCAGCUGCUGCCGGCGGACCAUCCCGCGCGCCAGAUGCUGAAGGACGACGUGAUCAAGGAAUCCCAU